AUGGGCGCAUAUCAAUCCAAACAACCCAUCUCCAACGAGAAACUCGUUAUCGAGCGUCUUCGUGCUCUGGAGCUUAAGGAUCAAGCUGAUAACGAAUACAUACAAGUUGGAGAGAAAGAUGUUGCACAUCCAGCACGAAACUCGCAGUUCAGAGCUCCUUGGACCACCCUGAGCAUCUCUGAUGUUGGAGAGUGGGAGAGUGAGCUUAUGCAAGAUCCCAAGAACCGACUCGCACUCUCAGCUCUGAGCUCCGCAGAUCCCAAGACGGUCCUCACAUCCCGAUCAACGACCAUUAAAGACCAGCAGAUCUUCUCUGUCAAGAUUCCAUUCGAAGGGGCUCCUAUCACAAACCAGAGAUCUUCAGGUCGAUGCUGGCUAUUUGCAUCAACCAACGUUUUUCGAGUCGCUCUCAUGAAGCGUCACAAUCUCGACAAAUUCGAACUCUCCCAGGCAUACCUCUUCUUCUACGAUAAGCUUGAAAAGGCGAACUUCUUCCUCGAGCAGAUUUGCGAUACCGUGGACGAAGAUCUGGACAGUCGGCUCGUUCAAACUUUACUUUCUCAACCUGUUUCUGAUGGCGGACAAUGGGAUAUGGUAUACAAUUUGGUCAACAAGUACGGUCUUGCGCCACAAGUAUUAUAUCCAGACAGCUUCAAUGCCCAAUCUUCAGGAGCUAUCAACCAGUUGAUCACUACCAAACUCCGCGAAGAUGGACUUAAGCUCAGAGCUUUGGCAACCUCUGGCACAAAGUCGAGCCGGGAUAUUACUGUUGCCAAAGAGAAGAUGAUGCGCGAAAUCCAUCUUAUCCUCACUCUUACUCUAGGCCCACCACCGGCCCCAACAACCGAGUUCACAUGGAACUACUUGGAUAAGGAUGGUGCAACACAUGAAUUGAAGACUACCCCUCUAGCAUUUGCAAAAGAACUCGAUUCUCCCAAGUCAGUUCGAAUUACCAACUCUAAGGUUUCCGGCAUGUUCUCCCUUGUCAACGAUCCAAGACACGAAUACAAUAGCCUUCUUUCUGUGAACAGACUCGGAAACAUUGUUGGAGGUCGUGGCAUCACAUAUGUCAACGUCUCCAUGGAUGUCUUGAAAACUGCUUGUAUCAAGAUGUUGCAAGCUGGUCUUCCCAUCUUCUUCGGCUCUGAUGUUGGAAAGUACAGCAACUCGAGCUCUGGUAUCAUGGACACUGCUCUCAUUGACUACGAACUUGGCUUUAAUGUCAGACUUGGCAUGUCAAAAGCGCAGCGUUUAAUGACUGGUGAAAGUGCCAUGACUCACGCCAUGGUCCUCACUGCAGUGCAUUUGGAUGAGCAAGGAAACAGCAUUAGAUGGAGAGUGCAGAACAGCUGGGGAGAAGGUGCUGGAACCGAUGGUUGGUUUGUGAUGAGCGAUAAGUGGAUGGAUGAGUUCGUAUACCAAGCGGUUGUAGAACCUAGAUUCGUGGACAAGAGUGUGAGGGAUGUCUUGAAGACGGAGCCUAAGAUCUUGAAUCUGUGGGAUCCCAUGGGUGCUUUGGCUUAG